AAAGUGUCUGCAGGUGUUGGAAGAGGCGCAGUAUUGGCGUAAGAGACGCUUUAAACGGCUUUUAACGAUGGCUUCAGCUACAGACAACCGUUAUGGACAAAAGGAGUCUUCUGACCAGAACUUUGAUUACAUGUUCAAAAUCCUAAUCAUCGGGAAUAGCAGCGUUGGGAAGACCAGCUUUCUGUUUCGUUAUGCAGACGACUCCUUCACGCCAGCGUUCGUAAGCACGGUCGGCAUCGACUUCAAGGUGAAGACCAUCUACAGGAACGACAAGAGGAUAAAGCUGCAAAUCUGGGACACAGCGGGGCAGGAGCGUUACAGAACCAUCACCACCGCUUAUUACCGUGGAGCCAUGGGAUUCAUCCUCAUGUACGACAUUACCAAUGAGGAGUCUUUCGCUGCAGUGCAGGACUGGUCCACACAGAUUAAGACAUACUCAUGGGAUAACGCUCAGGUGCUUCUAGUAGGCAACAAGUGUGACAUGGAGGAUGAGAGGGUCGUGGCUUCUGAAAGGGGCAGACAGCUCUCUGAGCAUCUUGGUUUUGAAUAUUUCGAAGCCAGUGCCAAGGACAACAUUAAUGUUAAACAAACCUUCGAGCGGUUGGUGGACAUAAUCUGCGAGAAGAUGUCAGAGAGCCUGGAUGCUGCCGAUCCUGCAGUGACGGGAGCCAAACAAGGGCCGCAGCUCACAGAGCAGCCCGCCGCCCCGCACCAGGACUGCGCCUGCUGAAAAUCCCACAGCUCUGUCUGCACUGCCUUGCACCAAUACACACACACUCACACACGGAAAAAACACAAGUUUAGGUAUUUAAAAA